AUGAGGCGCGUAGACCUGCCACCACCGCCAUGGAAUUUGGAGGGUGAUGAGCUCGCUGAGGCUUCGAAUGAGCACGUAGUAAUAAAACACUUGCCACUCGGUUCUCGUAAGAACCUCUGCAUCAAUCCUAGAGUAUCGAGACUGGGAAGCACCUCUGAAAUCAAUGAUCGAUGUCUUGAGUUGCAGCAACCAAUUACAUCAAAAGACAACAAGUGCCCAUUCCUCCCAAACAAAGAGAGCGAGACGCUGGUCAAUGAUUUCAGAGACCACACUUUAGCAACAAUUCGAGAUAUCGAGGACCUUGAGGACCUUGGCAGGAAAAUCGGUAUAUGCCCCUACUACGCCUCACGAGCCACCAUAAGACCAAGUGAAAUAGUGACUUUACCCUAUCCUUUGCUCUUGCAAAAGUCCGCUCGUGAGGCGCUUGAUCUUUCUUUGAGAGGACAUGUGGUUAUCAUCGAUGAAGCACACAACUUAAUGGACGCUAUCACAAGCAUUUACUCCGUCUCAAUAUCUCUGAUGCAACUACAGCGCUGCCGCGAAUGUAUAGGAAUUUACCUCCAGAGAUUCCGCAACCGCCUCAAAGGCAUGAACAGGGUCUAUAUUGCUCAGCUGGUACGACUACUAGAUUCAUUGUCAAAUUAUCUGGAAAGCAAAUCUGCUCAAAAGGUUGGGUCCGACGGCCCAGUCAGUGUAGGUGACUUGAUGUCAGGAAAGGGAGUCGACCAAGUGAAUUUGUACAAGCUCACAAAAUACCUCCAACACAGUAAGCUUGCUCGAAAAGUCGAAGGCUACGUCCAGCAUGCAGAGCACCUGAAGAUGCGAAAUCAGAAUUGGCAGCAAAUGAACCAUCAGAGCAAUAGGUCUGCUCCAGUCUUGAUCCAAGUGCAAUCGUUCCUACUCGCACUAACAAACCCGACUUCCGAAGGUCGCUUCUUCUACGAAAUGGGAGAAUUGGGCGAGAUUUCGCUCAAAUAUAUGCUUCUGGACCCCACAUAUCAUUUCAAGGACAUUGUGGAAGAGUCGCGAGCGAUCAUACUCGCUGGAGGCACAAUGUCACCGAUGGAGGAUUAUGCUCAGCACCUUUUACCUUACGUCCCUCCCGAAAGAAUGACGACUUGGAGUUGCGGUCACAUCAUUUCUAAAGAAAGCCUCGUUGUCAUUCCAAUCUUGAACUCAGCAAUCGGAACAGAUUUCAACUUUACUUACGAAGCUCGCGAUGCACCUCGAUUACUGAGCGCUUUGGGUGAUUGCUUCAUCAAGCUAGCGCAGUCUAUUCCUGACGGCAUCGUUGCGUUCUUCCCUAGCUAUGCGUAUUUGAAUAAGGUUAUCGAGCACUGGAAAUCAUCGCGCGGUCUAAACUCUUUAAACCAGACGGUUUGGGAGCAACUACAGUCGUGCAAGCCAGUAUUUCGAGAAACCAAAGAGGACCCAGUCGAGGAGACACUGGCUUCAUAUUCUCUAUCCGUCACUACCUCAAAAGGGGGCCUACUCCUUUCCAUUAUCGGAGGCAAGCUUUCAGAAGGCAUAAACUUUUCGGACGCUCUGGGCCGUGGCAUCAUCGUGGUAGGUCUCCCGUUUCCCAAUAUCCAAUCUGCGCAAUGGAAGGCGAAAUUGGAAUAUAUCGAGCAAUCUACGGCAAAGCGAACGGGGAGCGGUCAAAGGGGAAAAGAAGCAAAACAAGAGUUUUAUGAGAAUGCAUGCAUGCGAGCUGUAAAUCAGAGCAUUGGUAGGGCGAUUCGACACAAGGAUGAUUAUGCUGCAAUUGUGCUGCUCGAUCAACGAUAUGGAAGGAGAAUAAUUCAAGACAAGCUGCCAGCUUGGAUCCGGCAGGGCUUGGUAAAGGAGCAAGGCGGGCUCGCAGGUCGCGGCCAUGUAUCUGCUGGUCACGGUCGCAUAGGCAAACAUAGGAAGCAUCCUGGUGGUCGAGGUAUGGCAGGUGGCCAGCAUCAUCAUCGAACCAAUCUCGACAAGUACCAUCCUGGGUACUUUGGCAAGGUUGGAAUGCGAUAUUUCCACAAACUGCAAAACCAUUUCUGGAAGCCAGUGAUAAAUCUAGACAAGCUAUGGGCGCUUGUUCCUCAAGACAAACGAGACGAAUAUAUCGCCAAUAAAAAAUCCGAUACAGCACCCGUCCUCGAUCUUUUACCCCUAGGUUACUCGAAGGUGUUGGGAAAGGGAAGAUUACCAGAGAUUCCGCUUGUGGUGAGGGCCAGAUAUUUUAGCAGUCUGGCAGAGAAGAAGAUCAAAGAAGCUGGGGGGGUCACGGAGUUGGUCGCAUAA